AUGUUUAGAUUUAUAGUGUUACUAUUAUUAACCACAUUUAUUUUUCCAUCCAAUGGUCAAAGUCGAUCCAUUAUUAAUCAAGAAUCAUCUUUAUGUACUAAGAAAAGUCAUACAAUACCAUUAUUCACUACUCUAAUUUUACGUAUGACAUUCAAUCAAACUCGACUUAAACAAUUAAAUAUUCAAACGAUGAGUAUAUAUGCUUCAAUUAGUGAUCGAAAAAUAGCAGAAUUUCAAAAUCAUCGUGAUACAAUUGAAGAAGUUUUUCAUUUAAUGAAAAAUAUCGAAAAAUAUAAUAACAAAUCAAUUAUGACUUAUAAUUUAAAAAUACAUGCAAAAUAUAUAGAUCAAACAGAUAUUCAUUAUUUUAUUGAAACUGUUAAUAUAAAAAAUCAUAUUCAUUCUACAAAAUGUUCAGUUGUUUUAACUAUAUCUGAACCACAACGUUUAAGAGAUAAAAUAUAUAAAAAUUUCAUUCCAUUUGCAAUUAUGUUUAUAUCACUUCAAAUGGGUAUAUUACUUGAUAUAGAUGUAUUAAAAGAAUUAAUUUAUCGACCAAUACAAAUUUCAAUAGGUUUUGUUUGUCAACAGAUUUUUAUGCCAUUAAUAGCUUUUUCUAUAUCAAAAAUAUUUCGAUAUCAAUUAUUAUAUGGUCUUGGUUUAUUUAUUGUUGGAUGUUGUCCAGGUGGAUCAACAUCAAAUCAAUGGACAGCUUUAUUUGAUGGUGAUCUUAGUUUAUCAGCCACUAUGUCAUUUGUAUCAACAGUUGCAUCAUUUUUUAUGUUACCAUUAUGGUUAUAUACACUUGGACAAUAUUUUUAUCUACGUCAACUUAAAAUUCAUAUAUCAUUUUUAAGUUUAAUACAAUCAUUAUUAAUAAUUAUUGGAAUAAUGGGAUUAGGAAUGAUUAUUAAUUAUUUUGUCCCAAAAUUAAAAUCAAUAAUAGAACGUAUUUUUAAACCAAUGUUAAUAUUAUUCCUAUGUUAUUUUUUUACUUUUGGUGUUUUUGUUAAUUUUUAUUUAUUUUUUGAUUAUAUUAAUUUAAGAACAGUAUUAACAGCACCUUUAUUAUCAUGGUUAGGAUUUUUAUUAGGUAGUUUAUUUGCUUGGAUUUGUAAACAAGAUUGGAAACAAUUAAAACAAAUAUGUAUAUUAACCAAUAACUAUGAUUAUUUGUAUUACUAA